AUGCCACUUGACCUUUCCAGGUUUCACCAGCAGUAUUUAACUUGUUUGAAGGGAACACACUUGCAAGUGUCUCCUGUUGACAAGACAGAUUCUCCUGGUAGUUCACACAAUGUUCAAAAGGCACAAGUUCCUUGCUUCAGAACGCAAGAGAGAAUUAACUUCCCCAGGAGCUACACGGUCCAUACUGAAGAAUGACCUGAGAAAUUUUCACUCUUUGUCGCAAUUUAUACUCUCAGCAGGCCCUCUAAGAUCAACUCCAGCAGUUAAACAUUCAAAAACUACUCACUUUGAGAUUGAAAUACUUGAUGCUCAAACCAGAAAGCAGAUAUGUAUUGUGGACAAGGUGACACAAAAAUCUACUAUUCAUGACGUGAAACAAAAAUUUCACAAAGCAUGUCCAAAGUGGUACCCUUCUCGAGUGGGCCUGCAGCUAGAACGUGGUGGGCCCUUUUUGAAGGACUACAUAACCAUUCAAAGUGUUGCAUCUUCCUCCAUUGUCACACUUUAUUUUACAGACCUAGGUCAACAAGUCAGUUGGACUACAGUAUUUUUGGCUGAAUACACAGGACCUCUGCUAAUAUAUCUCCUCUUUUAUUUGAGGAUCCCAUAUAUAUAUGACAUGAAAGAGAGCUCUAGAAGAUUACGUCACCCAGUAGUACACUUGGCCUGCUUCUGUCAUUGUAUACACUAUAUCCGAUACCUUUUGGAAACCUUAUUUGUUCACAAGGUUUCCGCAGGACAUACACCUUUGAAAAAUUUGAUAAAGAGUUGUGCCUUUUAUUGGGGAUUCACUUCUUGGAUUGCCUACUACAUUAAUCACCCAUGGUAUACACCACCAUCAUUUGGAAACAGGCAAGUCACAGUAUCUGCUAUCAAUUUUCUGAUUUGUGAAGCUGGAAAUCAUUUCAUCAAUGUAGUGUUGGCUCAUCCCAAUCACACAGGAAAUAAUGCCUGUUUUCCAAGUCCAAAUUAUAACCCCUUUACGUGGAUGUUUUUCCUGGUUUCAUGUCCUAACUACACCUAUGAGAUUGGAUCAUGGAUUAGUUUCACAGUCAUGACGCAAACAUUGCCAGUUGGGAUUUUUACACUUCUGAUGAGUAUCCAGAUGUCUUUGUGGGCACAAAAGAAACAUAAGAUGUAUCUGAAGAAAUUCAGUUCUUAUAUGCAUAGGAAAUCAGCAAUGAUUCCAUUUAUACUGUAAGAAAAAAUAAGUGAUCUUAUCUCAUAUACAGAAAGCAGUAUAUAAACUCACUAAAUCAAACUUGAUAAAGGAUAGUUGCCUAUUAUGCUCCAGAAACUCACAAACAACAGUAUUUUUGCUUGAGUAAAAAUACAAAAUGGUAGACUCUAGCUGAAUUUAGAGUAAUAAACUUGAGGUAAAUGAAAAGUAGAAAUUAUCGAUAUAACUAAUGGUAAAUAGCAUCCAGUAUGUUUGCAAGAGACUGAUCCUUGAAUGAAAUGUUCUUACUGCAUUAAAUAUUUCAUAACUAUUUGCUUAAGACCAUUUAGAAUAUCUGAAUUUUAAAAAGUAAAUAUUUUAAAAAGUUGUAACAUUUAAAUCAUUUGAAUCUUACAUAUUAUUUUGAUAGUAAUUUAAUUUUUUUCUUUAUUGUUCAAUAUGUUAUUGAGAAAUAUCAAAUGUCUUAUGUCAGUAGUUCAAUUUCCUAUAUUAAAAGUUAAAUAUUUUUAAUU